AAAACUAGUGGAAACUAGCAGUCAAGUAACACUCUACCGACCACUCCUGGCAGCAACUGUAUGAACUUUCACUCACCACAUGUGGUGGCCUCUUUUGACCCUUUUUCUGGUGGGGCAAACGUCACAUGCCCACUCUGUAACCACAAGAGACGUCACAGAUAUGAAACUGGUAUGUUAUUAUACAAACUGGUCAGUCUAUAGGCCAGGGUUAGCAAAGUUCACGCCAGAAAAUAUCAAUCCAUUCCUGUGUACCCACCUAAUCUACGCCUUCGCUGGCUUUGGCAAGGACUACGAGCUUAAGCCUCUCGAUUCAUACAACGAUAUUGAACAAGGGAAUUAUAGGAAGUUUGUUGGUUUGAAAAGCCAUAAUAAAGACCUCAAGACAAUGAUUGCCAUUGGAGGAUGGAAUGAAGGAUCUAGAAGGUUUACCAAGUUGGUGGCAGAUUCUUCUACAAGAGAAAAAUUUAUCCGUAGUGUCAUUCGUUUUCUAAGACAACACAGGUUCGACGGGAUAGAAUUGGACUGGGAAUAUCCUGGCUCAAGAGAUGGCAGCAGCAGUGAUGAUCGUGAAGGAUAUGCCCUUUUAAUUAAAGAACUACGAGAAGCAUUUGAUGAACAACGUGGUUCCCGAAGCAAGCAUAGAUGGGUACUUUCUGUCGCAGUGCCUGCUGGGAAAGAUUACAUUGACAAUGGUUAUGAUGUUCCAAAAAUUUCUAAGUACGUGGACUUUUUAAAUGUUUUGUCAUAUGAUUAUCACACGGCUUACGAAGCAGUAGUCAACCACCAUUCUCCUCUUUAUAAAAGUCCUGAUAUUGGUCGCUGGGAUGAAAGAAACAAACUGAAUGUGAAUUGGACCGUAAGUUAUUACCUGGAACUGGGAGCUCCAAAGGAAAAAAUAAUAGUAGGAAUUCCUAUGUACGGCCGAUCUUUCACGCUACUGGACCCUUUUGAUAAUGAGAUCGAAGCUUCCGCAGAUGGACCUGGUGAAGAAGGGGAUUCCACUAGGGAAAAAGGAUACAUGGCCUAUCAUGAGAUUUGUAAGAACAUUCUGGACAGCGAUUGGGAGGUAAGACGCCCUUACCCAGAGCUUCUUGGACCAUAUUGCUUUAAAGGGGACCAGUGGGUUGGCUUUGACGAUGAAAUGAUUAUCAUUGAAAAGGCACUAUACAUCAGAGAACAAGGUUUAGGGGGAGCUAUGGUGUGGACGCUUGAUAAUGACGAUUUCAGGGGAUCAUGUGGUGAAGAAGAAAACCCUCUGGUGACAACAUUGCGUACUGCUCUUCUGACUGGAUCUAAAGAGCCCUCAGUGAAGUCAGUUGUUCAGAAAAAAAUAGAAGAGCAACAACUAGACAGUCGUUUUUCUUCCUAUAAUCAGUUUAAAACUGAUACUUCAGGCUUAAGAAACAUACUACACACACCAAAACCCCCAACUACCCCAGACCCAGGUGUUGAUUUUGUAUGCACAGAAGAAGGAUUCUUUAGAAAUCCUAGAAGUUGCAAGAAAUAUUAUUGGUGCUUAGAUAGCGGCCCUGCAGAGCUAGGAAUCCUUCCUAACAGCUUCACGUGUCCAGCUGGCUUGUAUUUCAAUCAACAGACAGAUUCUUGUGAUUACUCUCGCAAUGUGCGUUGUGAAGAAGAACGUGUCACUACGACAACAACCCGCCGGCCAUCACGCUUAACAAAACGACCAAUCCAAAUCUUUCGACCACGUACCCGUUCCAAAACAAGAACGACUACGACAACGACAACUACAACCACUACUACAACAGAAGCCCCACAUACACAAAUUCCAACCACGGACAAUUUGGCUGAUCUUGUCCGACUUCUUCAGUCAUUUUUAACCUCUGAACAACCCAAUAAGGAAACAACAACAACAUCAACUACUACUUCUACUACUACUGUUUCACCAAACGUAUUUUCAACUUCUAAAAGUAUUCCAGACUAUGUUACUCCUCAAAGAAUCCCUAGGGUAGGUAAAAAAACAAAACCUGAAACCACUAAAUCACCGUCAACAUCUACAGAAGCUGCUUCAACACCGCGACGUAUACGUUACAGACGUCCCAAACCCCAUGUUUCUUUCUUAUCUACUACAGAUUUACCAAAAGAUACUACCAGUGAACCAAUUGUCCAGUUGGUUAACCAGGUCCCUCGAAGGCCACAGUUUGAAUCGGAACCAAAUAGUGAUAAACUAUUUCAAUAUGUUGAACCAAACAGGCAACGUAUUAAAAAUAAAUCGGGCACAGUAGAAGACAAGGGUGAGUCCUUGUUUAUUUAUAAGGAACCAGACAGACCCCAGGCUUCAUCUCCACCAUCAGAAGUAAAAACUGAGUCUCUAUUUAUCUAUCAAAAUCCUGAGAGAACAACAGUUGUUGCACCCACGGACCCCCCUUCCAAAAUUGAAGUCACGACUGUUGAAAACCCAUUUAAGUAUAGAAAUCCUGCUCGCUCAUUCCCACUUAACAUAUCAUUUACUGAAGAAUCAGCUAAGGAAGACGAAGAAACUCGCCUACAACGAUUAAUAACACAGCAUCGUAAACAUGAUGGUAAGAAGGUAAGAGUCCGCGUUCGGAUAAGGCCACUAACAAUCUCCAAAGGAAUCGAAGAUGCAGUUUCUUCCCGUGUUAGCUCAAUAGCUUUGCCACAAGGCGAAGAGUUACCACGCUUCAAAACAAUUAGGCAAGCCACGCGCCGUCAUUUACGUGUUCGUCCGCUCCCUUCGACUACUACCGAGAUUCGAGGACCUGGAGUGACCGUAGCAGAAAGCAGUAAAGUACUAUGUAUCCGUCAGGGCGUUCAUCGACACCCGAAAGACUGCAACCAAUUUAUCGUUUGUGCCCCACAGUUGGAUGGAAACUUUGCCAGCUUUCUUUAUGAUUGCCCACCGGAAAAGAUUUUUGACGAAUAUUUGGGCAGAUGCAUGUUCGGAAACAGAAACACGUGUGAGUUCACCAUCUAGUCCGCCGGUGACCUACUGAUGUCUGAACCAAAAAUAUGUACAUUCUCCACACGUGGAGACCCAGUAAUCUUUAUGUACAAGGUAAUAUGAAAUAAUAAAAAAACUAGAAUCUUUCUUAUCUUAGUUUGACGAGAAACAUGAAAAAAGACAAACAACCACUCAGUAAAAUGUACGCAUGUAUAAAAAGUGAUUUCAAAC